AUGGCCUGGUGCCGGGAGAGCAUCAACAGCUCCCUUGGGGACGUGGUGUUCGCUGGCAAUGGCCUCCAGGGCUCACCUGCCAAGGACUUCGCACUGCUCACACAGUGCAACCACACCAUCAUCACUGUGGGCACCUUCGGGGUCUGGGCCGCGUACCUCGCGGGCGGGGACACUGUCAACCUGGCCAACUUCACCCUGCCCAACUCCCCUUUCAACGUGGUCUUUAGGCCGUAAGCGGCCUUCCUGCCAGAGUGGGUGGGCCUUGUGGCUGACCUUGGACAGGCUGGACAGAAUGGCCUCUAGCCAGCCCUGCAUGUGCCUGGUCCUCAUCCUGUGACCCGAGGGGCAGUGAGUGGGGCGUGUGGGGCAUGGACUCACGGUCCCUCACGCAGUUUGGAUCCAGGCUUAUCUACUUCAUAGCUGAGUGAGUUUGGACAACUGACUCAACCUCUGUGCCUUAGUAUGUCAACCACAAAAUGCACAAACCACGGAACUAAACACCAGUAGCAGCUGGUGGGAGCUGAGCAAAUUCGCUUAGAGCCAGUGCCUUGUGACCGUGUGGGAGGCGUCGGCUGCUCACAUGUAUGCAGCACGUCAGGAGCACUGGCAUUGCUUUCCAAUGGAAACGCAGUUUUGACCUCUCCUUUCUGGCAGCACUGGUAGCACAGAGCCCAGAUAUUUUGCACUCACGUCCCAGGACGAAGCCAUCCCUGCCCUGAAGGAUAGAGGAACUCGAUUUUCUGGGCAACUAGGAAUUUUGGCUUUGGAGUUAGUGGGCCUUAUCACAAAAGAACGUGAGGGAAGGGCCGGGUGCGGUGGCACGCCUGUAAUCCCAGCACUUUGGGAAGCCAAGGCUGGUGGAUCACUUGAGGUCAGGAGUUCGAGACCAGCCUGGCCAACAUGGCGAAACCCAGUCUCUACUAAAAAUACAAAAAGUAUCCAGGCACAGUGGUGCGUGCCCCUAAUCCCAGCUACUCCGGAAGCUGAAGCAGGAGGAUAGCUUGAAUUGGGAAGCAGAGGUUGCAGUAAACUGAGAUCAUACCACUGCACUCCAACCUGGGCCACAGAGCGAGACUCCAUCUCAAAAAAAAAUAGAAUUCCAGGGAAGACAGGAUUUGCAGGGACACACCCAUGAGGAGGGAUUCCCCUGCAAUGGACAGGGAGAGGGGUUUAGGUGCAGGUGGCACCCUGGGCGCGGGGAAGAAGGGGUCACAGUGAGGGCAGAAAAGACACUCCUCAGAUCCUGGAAGCAGCAACCUGACCGACAGGGGCCACUAAGACCAAAUCAUGGCCAUCUCAGCAGCAGCGUUUGUGACAGUUACUGGAAAGAGAUACCUCACACCUGGCACUGCCUAACCCCCGAGAACCUAAUGCCACUCUGAGAAAGCUCAGUACGGGUGCAAGUUGGAUUAAGUAAUUGCAGUGCGAGUUUUCCUGUGUUUUAUUGGUGUAAUGCUCCUUUUGGACAUUAAAAAAACUUGACAUA